AUGGAAGAGGAAGUCGCCGCCCUCGUCAUUGACAAUGGUUCGGGUAUGUGCAAGGCCGGUUUCGCCGGUGACGAUGCGCCUCGAGCUGUCUUCCCCUCCAUUGUCGGUCGCCCCCGUCACCAUGGUAUCAUGAUUGGUAUGGGCCAGAAGGACUCGUAUGUUGGUGAUGAGGCACAGUCGAAGCGUGGUAUCCUCACUCUGCGAUACCCCAUCGAGCACGGUGUGGUCACCAACUGGGACGACAUGGAGAAGAUUUGGCACCACACCUUCUACAACGAGCUGCGUGUGGCCCCCGAGGAGCACCCCGUCUUGCUCACCGAGGCCCCCAUCAACCCCAAAUCCAACCGUGAGAAGAUGACCCAGAUUGUCUUCGAGACCUUCAACGCCCCCGCCUUCUACGUCUCCAUCCAAGCCGUUCUGUCCUUGUACGCUUCCGGUCGUACCACUGGUAUCGUGCUCGACUCCGGUGACGGUGUCACCCACGUUGUCCCCAUCUACGAGGGUUUCGCUCUUCCCCACGCCAUUUCCCGUGUCGACAUGGCUGGUCGUGAUUUGACCGACUACCUCAUGAAGAUUCUUGCCGAGCGCGGUUACACCUUCUCCACCACGGCCGAGCGUGAAAUCGUCCGUGACAUCAAGGAGAAGCUCUGCUACGUCGCUUUGGACUUCGAGCAGGAGAUCCAGACCGCCAGCCAGAGCUCCACUCUCGAGAAGUCCUACGAGCUUCCCGACGGUCAGGUCAUCACCAUCGGAAACGAGCGUUUCCGUGCCCCCGAGGCUCUCUUCCAGCCCUCUGUCUUGGGUCUCGAGAGCGGCGGUAUCCACGUCACCACCUUCAACUCCAUCAUGAAGUGCGAUGUCGAUGUCAGGAAAGAUCUCUACGGCAACAUUGUCAUGUCUGGUGGAACCACCAUGUACCCCGGUAUCUCCGACCGUAUGCAGAAGGAAAUCACCGCCCUCGCUCCCUCUUCCAUGAAGGUCAAGAUCAUCGCUCCCCCAGAGCGCAAGUACUCUGUCUGGAUCGGUGGUUCCAUUCUCGCCUCCCUCUCCACCUUCCAGCAGAUGUGGAUCUCAAAGCAGGAGUACGACGAGAGCGGUCCUUCGAUCGUUCACCGCAAGUGCUUCUAA